CGUACGCCAACUGUUGUUCGCUGGACAUACUACCAUGAUCCCUGCCGCUGGUAUCCCUUUGCUGUUUAGCUUGUUUACCCUUACCUUGGGAGUCCUUGCUGCCUUCCCGGAUCCUCUGAAACUCUCGGGCUCCGUCUUGAUCCAUGACCCGAGCCUCGUUCAGCGGGCAAGUGAUGGGAAGUAUUUCCUGUUCACUACGCACAACAAGGGCGGCAUUCUCACUGCAACCAACUUGGCCGGACCAUGGACUUCGGUCGGGUCCAUCUUGCCUAGCGACUCGUCCAUAAACCUUCCCGGAAGGGACGACAUUUGGGCACCUGACGUGUCUCUCCACGGCAGCACAUACUAUGCUUACUAUGCGGUCUCUACUUUCGGCUCGCAGAACUCCGCAAUCGGCCUGGCGACCUCUUCCAGCAUGGACCCUGGGACGUGGACGGACCAGGGACAAGUCUUUGCUUCGUCGACCGGUGCUCAAUUCAACGCUAUUGACCCUAACGUCGUCAUUGAUGAGAAGGGUGUUCCCGUGCUGACUUUCGGCUCGUUCUGGAGCGACAUCUUCCAAGUCAGCCUUGGCAGCAACUUCAAGACCGUCUCUGGAUCAGCAACUCAGGUCUCUUUCAACUCAACUAACCCGCAGCCUGAGGAGGGCGCGUUCAUCUGGAAGCACGGAAGCUUCUACUACCUCUUUUUCAGCAGCGGCCUUUGCUGUGGCUUCGACGCGAACGCUCUUCCUCCCGCCGGGAAUGAGUACAAGGUCUUCGUCGGCCGAUCUUCGUCCGCCCACGGGCCCUUCCUUGACAAAAACGGCAAAGACCUGCGCCAGACGGGCGGCACGCUCGUCCUCGCCUCGCACGGCAACGUCUACGCGCCCGGCGGGCAGAGCAUCUUUACCGACUCCAAGUCGGGGAAGGACGUCUUCGUAUACCACUAUGUCCCGGUGAACAGCGCGCAGCCGUACAGCGAUGCGUUUGCCACCUUGGGGCUCAAUGCGAUCGAUUGGAGCUCGGGGUGGCCGGUCUUGACAAGUUUGUGAAGAAGGACGUAAGCAGGCACACACAGGCCUACAUACUUCUAGCGCACGAUCACAAAGCAGUCCGACAUCGACGUGCUUCGAUUUUGAAUGACAUAUCG